UUAAUGUCUAAUUGACAAAACUUCAUAAUCAUCUAUCAUCCUAAAUUCCUAGUACAAUCACUUCAUCAAAAAAAUCAUGGUAGAACAAAUAACUGAUCCUAAUAUUAACCAAUUUAGCUAUGAAGAUCUAACAGAAAUUGCUGAUUUUAUUAAGUCCAAAAUAGCUCCCAUUUGUCCAAAGGUUGGUAUAGUAUGCGGAUCUGGUUUAGGUCCUUUGGCAGAUACUCUAACAGAUCCUAUUACACUUUCUUACGAAGAAAUUCCUAAAUUCCCAGUCAGUACAGUACAAGGACAUGGUGGUUGUUUGGUGGUUGGAAAAUUAUCAAAUGUUCCUGUGGUAUGUUUAAAGGGACGAUUCCAUGCUUACGAAGGCUACCCCUUAUGGAAGUGCGCCAUGCCUAUUAGAAUAAUGAAAUUACUGGGAUGCUCACAUUUGAUCUUAACAAAUGCUGCUGGAGGUAUAAAUCAAGAUUAUAGAAUUGGCCAUAUAAUGCUGUUGAAGGACCACGUCAAUUUCUUGGGGCUUGGCGGCAAUAAUCCAUUGCGAGGACCAAAUGAGGAACGAUUUGGAACUAGAUUUCCACCAGUAAAUAAAUCUUAUGAUAAAGAUCUCCGUAAUGAAGCAAUGAAAAUAGCAAAAGAUCUUGGAAUUGAACAAAUUGUGCAUCAAGGAGUAUACGCAUGUGUUGGGGGACCAAAUUACGAAACAGUAGCGGAACUUCGACUUAUGCAGACAUGUGGAAUUGACGCUGUGGGAAUGUCUACAGUACACGAAGUGAUAGUGGCCAAACACUGUGAGCUAACAGUCUUCGCUUUUAGUCUCAUCACCAACGAGGCUAUUCUAGAAUGGGAUUCCGAUAAGGUCCCUAAUCAUUUAGAAGUUCUCGAAGCUUCAAAACGGAUGGAAAGUGUGUUGCAAGAGUUUGUAAGAAGAAUAGUGGAACAUAUCGCCACUCUCACCUGUGUAUGUAAAAAGGGAUGAGAUGCAGCAUAUUUUUAAACCCAAAUGAUUUUUUAUCUUGAUUUUUAUCAGUAACAGUUAUUUGUUCUAUCAUGAUUAGAAUCAUUUAUUUAUUUAUAAAUGUAACUUAUUCAAACUAGUUUUAUUUCUAGGGAUGUAAAUUAAAAAAACGUUUUACACAA